AUGGCGAACGACGUCGACGACCGAAAAGACCUUCAAGAAGAUGUGGUUGACCAUGACUCUCCACUCUUCAAACUCCGCUUCAUCUCGUACGGCAACAUAUGGGGUCCAAUCGAGAGACCUCCUGAUUCAGAACAGCUCGACUUCCCCCUCAACACCAUCCCCAAUCCACCAGCAAAGCUUCGCAAGACACAUACGGGCCUAUCCGCGCACCUUCGUGAGGCAGUGCUUUCUGAAGAAGGCGUCGCAGAGAGGUCCGGCGACAUCGUCACCAUCGUCCAGUCCAAGAUGGACAACAUGAAGCGUGCUUGGGAGCAGGAUCAGACCUCACCGACCACUCUUAUCGUAGCUCUCUCGUGUGGACGAGGCAAGCAUCGCAGUGUCACGUUCGCCGAGGAACUUCCCAAACACAUCGAAACAGAUGGAUGGUCUGUUACUGUCUGGCAUCGUGAUCUAGCGUUCACUUCUGAUCAAGCUGAUCAAGCUCUUUCGGACGAAGAGGAUGGCUCGGAUUCUCUCAGUGAUCAGUCACUAGACCGUGAAGGACUUGAGGCCAAAGGGAAGGAGCAACACAAACAGAAAAGGAGGAAGAGUAAGCCAUCAGCAGAGCACGUUGUUCACGAUUCAACGCCUGACGGCGAGAUUGAUCUAAGGCGGGAUGGAACUGAAGAGCGCGCACACUCAUCAUGA